AAAAAGCCGCAGUAUGCAAAUCAGGGAGCCAGCUCUUUCACGAUUCGGUUCCCAACGUUCACCAAAAAGAUCCAUUCUUAAAGAGCCGUUCGUUCGCGAAUAAUCCAUCACCAGGAAGAAGACAAUUAAUAUGGCAGCAGGUAGCUCCUGCACGAUAGUGGAAUAUUUUGGGGGCGAUGACGGCUACCGCUGUGGUUAUUGUAAAAAUGAGAAGGGUAACUUCUCUCAUGGGAUGUGGUCCCAUGCCAUGACAGUACAAGACUACCAGGAUCUCAUAGACAGAGGAUGGAGACGAAGUGGGAAGUAUGUUUACAAGCCCAUCAUGAACAAGACCUGCUGUCCACAGUACACCAUCAGGUGUCAUGCCUUGAACUUUCAGCCAUCUAAAACCCACAAGAAGAUCCUGAAGAAGAUGAGCAAGUUUCUGUCUAAAGGGGAGAUGCCAACGGAACAAGGCGAUGGGGAGCCCAUGGACUCGCUGUGUGAGGAGGGAGGACUGCACGGCCCUGUUAAAGUCUGUCACUCUGAGGUGGCGAGUCCUGUGGUCACAGCCAUUCUGACUGAGGAGGGCGACACCACACCAGCCGAGUUUGAAACAGCUAGAAAAGACCCAGUGUCUGUUCCAGACGGGAAAGGACCAGAAACAACCCCCAAACCGGGGGUAGGAGCGGACCCCGGCAGGCCGUUGUGUAGGAAAGCCAAAGAACUGAGGAAGGCUCGCCGGCUGCAGAAGGAGCAGAAGAGACAGGUGGGGGGUGGAGUCCCGACCUCUAACCCCGCCACGCCAGUCCAGCUCAACCAACCCAAAGCCCUGGAGGAGUUCAUCAACGAAUCUCUGCCCGAUAGUCCUCUGCACCGUCUCGAGGUGAGGCUAGUGCGCUCCAACCCCCCCAGUUCACAGUUCAAAGCCUCUUUCGACGCCUCCUACCAGGUGUACAAACUCUACCAGAUGGCCAUUCACCACGACCCUCCAGACAAGCCCACCGAGAGCCAGGUGAGGCUAGUGCCCGUCAAUGAUGAUGAUCCUCAGUUCAUGGCGACCUAUGAGCAGUCGGCAGCGCUGUACGCACGCUACCAGAUGGCCGUUCACGGCGACACCCCUUCCGAGUGUAACGAGAGUGAGUUCAGGAGAUUUCUCUGUGACUCACCACUUGAGAUGGAGACGCCUCCGGAUGGACCAGCGGCAGGCUACGGUUCCUUCCACCAACAGUACUGGCUGGAUGGCCGCAUCGUGGCAGUGGGAGUAGUGGACAUCCUACCCACCUGCGUGUCCUCUGUCUACCUGUACUACCACCCUGACUUCGCCUCUCUGUCGCUGGGCUCCUACUCUGCACUCAGGGAGGUUGCCUUCACCAGGCAGCUGCAGAAACAGUCCCCCAAGCUGUGCUUCUACUACCUGGGCUUCUACAUCCACUCCUGCAACAAGAUGCGAUACAAGGGGCAGUACCAGCCUUCAGACCUCCUGUGCCCAGAGACAUAUGUCUUUGUGCCCAUAGAAUGCUGCAUCCCCAGCCUGGAGCAGACCCACUACGCACGCUUCAACCAGGACCCCGACGCAGGUGACACACACGUACUGAAGGACCUGGGUCGUGCUCUGGUGCUGUACAGACGGACGGUCAUGCCCUACGCCGCCUACGCCCGCAAACGCAAGGGCUCCAACGACGAGAUGGAGGUGGCGCAGUACGCUGGCCUGGUGGGCCAGCUCUGUGCUGAGAGGAUCCUGCUAUACCGGGCGUAACCCACUGGGGGCACCACCGCCACCCUGCACCUUGAUCCGCUCAUGUGUCUCUGUCUGUCCCGCUGUCUUUGUAAGUGCUUUCCACUGCUUCACUCUACAAUAGCCUCACCAAGUUUAGCUCUACUACACAUAGGCCGAACCAACACAUUCAAGUAUGUACCUGCUUUCAGAAAGAAUUCACGCCUAUUCACUUUUUUCACAUUCUGUUGUGUUACAGCCUGUAUUUUAAAUGGAUUAAAUUGAGAUUGUGUCACUGGCCUAAACAUAAUACCCCAGAAUGGAAUCAUGUUUUUAGAAAUGUUUACAAAUUAAUUAAAAAUGAAAGCUGAAAUGU